AUGAGUUUGAAAGACGAGAGUAGUUGUCAGACUCGACAAAAGAAAGACAAGGACGUGCUGAAGAAAGUGAAAUAUGAGAGUGUUGAUCGCAGAGUCGGGAUUCAAUCGUUGUAUUUUGCUAUGUUAACAACACUUGGAUUCACUUUACUGUUAGAAAAGCCCAAGAAACAAAAAACUAAAACAUUACCACUCAUUCAACUCUACCAAAUCUAUGAUGAAUCCGGGUCUUGUGUAUUUGAUCGCGACUCCAUCUUCGAGCAAGCCAAACAAAUGAACAUUGGGAAAAGCAAGAUGAAUUCAAAGCGGACGGUACGUCAAUUUGUUGCUAACCAAACAGUCAACACGGUCAUUCAGUUGAUUGAAAGCAACAAUUUGGUCGACAUCAAAGAGGGUCGCUCAAAGAGAAAUAUAGUCAACGACGAUAUCCCACAGCAACGGAAAAUCGAGUCGCUCACAAUCAAGACAAAUGGCUCGUCCAAACGAAUAGAUUUGAAUCAACAAGCUUUGAGUAAUGGGAAACUAUAUCACGAGGCUUUGUUACACAUAUUUGACGAUGUCCAAUGUGAUGGGAUCAUAUUAGAUGGAAACCAAUAUAACAUUGGGUUUGUUGUGUCAACUUCUAAAGUGAACAUCGUCGACUCUGUCACGAGAUAUUUCCAGGACCACAGAACUUCGUUCAGUUCUCACACGACGUUUGUGCCGCUUGUCAUCGUGAAUUGA